UCUCAAAUUGCAUUUUUCUUUCUCUAUUUGAAGAUGGCACACUCUAUCCGUUUGUUUGCAACUUUCUUCCUUGUAGCAAUGCUACUGCUUUUAUCCACUGAGAUGGGACCAAUUAGCAGUGCAGAGGCAAGAACUUGUGAGUCACAGAGCAACAGUUUCAAGGGGACAUGUGUUAGGGACAGCAACUGCGCCACCGUUUGCCAGACUGAAGGCUUCAUCGGCGGCAACUGUCGUGGCUUCCGUCGCCGUUGCUUUUGCACCAGAAACUGUUAGAACAUAUAGAGUUUCUACAUGAAAUACUCAUCAUGCAUUCAUGAUAAAUAAUGAUGUUCUAUUCUAUCAAUAAAAAAGAGAGACUAGAUAUAUAUAGUCUCAUAUUUAUUUAUA